AAUUUAGAAAUAAGUUAAAUUUAAUUCACUAAAAAGUCUUAUAUUGAAAGGCUGAAUGCAUAAAACAAUUAACAGAUAAGCGAUAAAUAAAUAAUUGAUAUAUAUAGAACAGAUAAAUCUAAAGAUGCUGAAUCAUUUCCAUCAUAUUGCUAAAAAUAAUUGUCAGGCUCAAUAAUAACAUCUUUUAAAGGACAUAAAAGUAAAACAAAUGAAAUGCCAAGUUUAACUCAGUAAUUAGUUAAUGUAAAUUAAAUUACAAAAUAAGUUCAAAUUGCUAAUCAAAAUAUAAUGGAAAGUGAUUAUCAAAAUAAAGAUAUUGUUUUUUCUCGUACAAAUUCUUUAUACGAAAAUAAUUAAACACCGAAUAUUUAAGAAAAAAAAUAAGAUCAGGAACCACAAAAUAUAAUUACUUUACAGAUAGUUGAUAAUAAAUAAUAAACUACUAUAUCCUAAAAUUAAUAUGUGCCUCCACAAAUUAAAGUACAUAAAGUUGAAGAUAUUUAAAAUGAAUAACCUAAAACAGACAAUAAGUUUUUAUAUGUUCAAAAAACCAUUAAAAAAAUCUUGAAAAAUAGUUUAAUUAAUUAAGAAACAAUAAAGGAUGCUGAUAUAUUAGAUAGCUAAAUAGUUAAGAAAGAGUCUUUUGAUCAAAGUGAUUUUGAUAUUUUAUAUGAUAUUAAUAAAUAACUUGAAGGCUAAUAGGAAUAAAAUGAUAUAGACUUAGUUGAAAGAAAAGAAGAGUUUAAAGAAAUAAUGCAAACUUCAGCAAAGAAAAUUGAAUUAUCAAAGGAAACUAGAAAUUUUAUUUCUUCUUAAAUUGAUAGGUAUAACUAAUUCAAAGAAGCUAAAAAUCCAUAAACUGUAUUACUAUAUUAAGAUAUCAUCUAAUAAGUGAAAGACAAAUAUAACGAAGAAAUAACUGAAUACAGUAUUACAAGCUUAUAUUUAAAAGAAGCAAAUAUAAAAAUAUGUAACCAAGAUAAUAAAACAAUUAAAACUGUAAUACCUGUAUAUCGUUAAAGAGUGUUUUCAAUCACAAGUCAUAAUUCGGAGAAAUACAAAGAAUUAUAAAAAAUAUUUGAAACAUAAAUCUAAACAAAACGAAAGAAUAAAUUUUAAGAAGAUAAUCUUGAUAAAUAAUAAAAUUAAUUAAUGCAACAAAAUACUCGUAUAUUUUUUGAUCUAGACUCCUAUCAAAAUAACACUAAAUUAAAUUUAAAUAAUCAUUUAAUCCACCGUGAGACAUUUUAAUAUAAACCAUACGAUUCCUGA